ACGAAGAUUUCCUGUUUAUUGUUUUAGGAUCUCACUUUCCAUUCAUCCUUUCUUUUGACUGAUUGCUUUCUCUCUACCCUCUUAUGUAAAUUAUUCCUUCUCUAUCCAAAUCUAUCUUUUUAGUGGAGGUUUGAAGCGAAUCUCGAGAAAGCUUUGCGAGUUUUCUUUAACUUCCCAGAUUUUUCCAAAUCAAGAAACCAUUUUCUGAUUUUGACUUUCGCUUUCGUUUCUGUGGUCUGUUUGCUUCAUUUCAUACAAAGCUAGGGUUUCCAUCUCAUAACGGAUCUCAGUCGCGGGAUUCUGAUUUUGUAAGAAUAAGUUAAAAUGGUGAGAGGAAAGAUCCAGAUCAAGAAGAUCGAGAACACGACAAGCAGACAAGUCACCUUCUCUAAGCGAAGGAGUGGUCUCUUUAAGAAGGCUCAUGAGCUUUCUGUUCUUUGUGAUGCCCAAGUAGCAGCUAUCAUCUUCUCUCAGAAAGGAAGAUUGUAUGAUUUCGCCAGCUCUGAUAUCCAGAAGACGAUCAAGCGAUACGCUGAGUAUAAGGGAGAGUACUUCGUUGCAGAAAGUCACCCCACUGAGCAAUACGUGCAGGGACUAAAGAAGGAAAUGGUGACAAUGGUGGAAAAGAUUGAAAUGCUUGAAGUUCAUAACCAGAAGUUGAUGGGGAAAAGUUUGGCCUUUUGUUCUUUAAAAGAACUUCAGGAAAUAGCCACACAGAUAGAGAAAAGCCUUCAUAUUGUUAGAUCAAGAAAGGCUAAAUUAUAUGAAGACGAGGUAGAGAAACUAAAAGCCAAGGGGAGGGAGCUCAAGGACGAGAGAGUCAGGCUUAGUGGAAGGGUAGGAGAAGAACCAAGCGGGAUGCCAAUGCCAUCAGGAAGCAAAGAGAAAGAGGAUGUGGAAACUGACCUAUCCAUCGGAUUUCGACCCGAUCUUAACAUUCUUCUUGUUCCUUAAACAUGAUAUCGAGCUACUUAUUAUCUCAGUGAAUAUGUGUAUAUUUAUAGGUCUUGUGUCACAUUUAUACUGAUAACUAAAUGAAACUAUUCUCUUCGAACUA